ACCACAACGUGAAACGAGACGUGAGCCACUCCACCCUGUGGGUUAUUACUAAUUGUGUGACUAGUUUAGACGAGCUUUACUGUUCUUAAGGUCGGACUAUUUUUUUUGGCUGUGAGACUCUUCAGAGAGCUGAUUUGAGGUUUUCUGACUCAGUGGUCCAUUAUCGGACAAGUCGCUGCUGUCAGAGUGAGGACAUCUUUGUGCAUGAACAUGUUGAUGCUGCCAUAUUGCCUUCAGUGUUAAAGUUUGGUCCUCCGAGGAUAAAGAGAGGACAGACUGAGGCACAGCUGAUCUGAAGAGGUCAGUCGCUCCCUGACCCAGGUCCCUCUGAAGGAGGACAUGGAGGUCUUGCGGCGGUCUUCUGUGUUUGCCGCAGAGGUCCUGGAUGUGUUUGACCGAUCGUUUACUGAGAAGGAGCUGGUGUCUCAGUCCAAAGCCCUGUGUAGAGACUACAUCCUCUCCAGGCUCAACCAGAAUGGGCUGGGAUGGUCCAAAACUGAACUCAAUUUGUCUCCUUCAAAUGCAGCGCUCUCUGAGGUGUCUUUGGUGCUCCUCUGUCUCGGUGACGAGCUGGAGUGCAUACAGCCCAGUCUGUACAGGAACGUGGCACGGCAGCUUAACAUUUCUGUUGCCAUGGAGAACAUGGUAUCGGAUGCCUUCAUUGGCGUGGCAACAGAGAUCUUCUCAACAGGUAUAACGUGGGGAAAGGUGGUAUCCAUGUAUGCAGUAGCCGGAGCCCUUGCAGUGGAUUGUGUCAGACAAGGUCAUCCGACCACAGUUCACAUCUUAGUGGACAGUCUGGGCCAGUUUGUCCGGAAGUACCUGGUGCACUGGCUGAAGAGACGGGGAGGAUGGGCGGAAAUUACAAAAUGUGUGGUGAAGAAGGAUCUCACCCCAGAAAACCACUUGCUCUCCUCUGCCAUAGAGUCUCUUAAGUACUUCCUCACCACAAUGUACGUCUACAUCAUGAAGGAACCGUGAACAGCUGAGACAUAGGAGAGCACCAGAGUCGUCAUCGUGUUUGAUAUGAGAUUUAAAAUCUCAGACUUGUCAAUAGAACAUUGAGUGGAGAUGGUCCCACUUCCAGCAGAUAUCACUCUGUUGCUGAAUGGGCCAUCAGCAAAUGUUUCAUCAGCAUCGUAUUUGUGUUAUCUUGGUUUCAGACGAGUCUGUGAGUGAUUAUCCUUCAUUCAGAGAGUAGUCACAGUGAUAUUUAAGAGCAUAUAUGGCGGUGGUACAAGAUUAUCUCUUUACCUCUUCUUCAUAUUUCCAGUGCAGUAUGUCAGCCUUCUUCAGUGUUGUAACUGUAAUUCAUGAUGGUGUUCACUCCUGAGAUAAACAUCUGAUGCUUAAUGCCAUGCUUGUCUCCGAAAAUAUACCCAAAGGAGUGACGGAGGUGAGAGCUAUCAUGUAUGUUUGUUAUAAAAAUUGAUGCUCUGCACAUGCUCAGCUGGCUGGGUCUGAGUUUUUGUCUAAGUGAAGGUGGAAGUCAGUCUGAAAAGGACUGAUAUCAAAUGAAAAAGCAAACAUAUUUCACUCAGGAGCGAGUUUAUACCCAAGAACAAUACCAGGCGGUAGUAACUGCUUACACUAAAUGGCUAUAAUCUACGCUAUUGUACUUCACCAAAGCACGUAAAGUGACCAAAUAUGAUCCAAAAUGUUGUCAACUAUUAAAAACUUGACUGCAAUUUUUGACAAGAUUUACAAAGUAAUGUUGGGUUGACUUUCAGUGCCCUUUUUUGGCCAAAGAACUUGACGACAGAAGAAUGUUAAAUCCUGAAUGUGCAGGUUUUGAUUCACUUGCAAUCUGUAAAUAGCUUAUUUAUGAUUUUAUAUUUGGAUUAUUACUUUUAAUUGAAGCCACAGCAGUAUAAAGACGGCCACUACGACGGCUCUUCAGAAUGGUUGUGUGGCAUGCCUGAAAGUUGUCACUUUCACAGUGUUAAUUUAUAAAUGUGUGUCUGAAUGUUUUUUAAAAUCCACAAUAAACUUAAAAUCUUAAACCAUUGACUUUUUAUUAGUGUCUAUUUUAUUGAUG